AUGGUCCGCAGUGAAGAUGAGCUAGGAGAGAAGAUUGAUAGAUGUUUCGCCGAUUCAUUGUUGAAGAUAAGUGGCGGAAUAGCCAUCGGAAUUGUGGCUAGCGUGGCAUUUUUCAAGAGCCGAUCGUGGCCCAUAUGGUUUGGAUCAGGUAUAGGCCUCGGCACGGGUUGGUCAAAUUGUCGCCAUGAUCUUGCCCAACCGUAUUUACUACACGGGAAAAAGGUGCCUGUAGGAACAGACACAGAGGGAAAACCUACAUUCGCCAUUGUGAAAGAGAACUAG